AUGGGUCCGAGGCGGAGUACAGCAAACCGGGGCAUUGUGGGAAGUUCCGCCGUUUCUUUUUGUAUGCGGAGCACUGUGUCCCGGGAUGCGAGCCCCGCACUUCGGUCAACUGCGGUCCGACUUUCCUUGAGGGAUUGUGUCCAGAGAGGGUCCCAUCGCGGCACAUCACAGACCUGGGUGCUGACUGCUUUGGGGUGGUCGGAAAACAUAUAUAAGGAGACGCGCGUUGCAGGGUGUGGUUCCCCAACCACCCUUAACGACACACAAAGGAGCCACAAUAACAUUUCCACAAGAAAGAAACCAGCCAAAAAAGGCCAAUGUUUGCUACUCCUCCCAUGCUUUCGAUUCAGAAACUCCGCGCGGGGACUGAUCCUAAAACGGGACAACUCCCCCCUGCCUGCCCCGGUACAGAAAAAUACACCAGCUGAGGGCCCCAGAUACGUACAUUUGCCGCUCCCCUCGGUGGACCAGCGAUGCCAGCUGCCCUCCAUUAGGAACCUGGAUAAUUCUCUAGAGUAUACCUCGCAGGCGAGUGGUACGAGACCGGGCCUCCCCAGCCCGACCAGCAGCUUCACACGCGCAUGUGAAUCAGACGAGGACGCUUCCGUAACCCUACCUCCUUUGCACUUCGUGUCCCAAGUGACAUUGGAGCAGGCACUACCGUCGACCUUUGCGGACAUGUACUCUCCGGAGAUAUUGCGCGAGAACAAACUGCUUCCGAACGGACGCCCCGAGUUCACGAGUCGCGAUUUGGAAGGCUGGGAACUGAACGAUCUCCGGUCGUUGCUCAUCGUUGAGAGAUUGCGGCCCGAGUGGGGGAACUCAAUCCCGCUGGUGGAGAGUCCGCACGGCCCCCAGUUCCAUAUAGUUCUCUUGCCGUUGGUGUGUGCGAAGUCUGUGAUCAUUGACACUCUCGUGAGCUGCGAUCUGUAUGCAGAGGCGAAGAUCGACUUCCAGUUCAGAUGGGACAACGCCGCGUGUAUCGUGGCUGCCGCACAGAGGCAGCACGAGCAGUUCCGCGACGGGAAGUACCGUGACGGCGUCUUCUACCUCGCGAAGCACGAGUGGAGGAACAUUAUCGAGAGUUACCUCCUCAACAUCGCGAUAGAAGCGCAGUGCCGCUCGGACUUCCGGAAAAGGUGCGACGAGUUCAAGUUGUGGAAACUGCAGAACAACCCCGCAUCAGGUGAGCACAGCAGCACAGCAUUGGGUGAAUCGGGCGAACCCCUUUCGCAGGAUGAGAAGGAUAUCCUGUGGGAACAGUGUCAGAUGCAGGUGCUUCAGCGACUCGGUGCCACCGGGUGA